AUGGACAAAUGCUGGUUCGUUCUUUCCCAAACGCAUGUGCCUCCUCCUCGAGUCGAAGACGGCGCGUUCAAGCAAACGGGACCCCUCUGCCUCGGCCAUUUCAUCAAGGACCUCAGACAUCUCGACCACGUAAUCAACACAAACGGCCCUGAACCGUUCUCGCUUGAUACGCCUAUCGUCCGCACGGGGCCGAUCGAGUUUGAAUGGAAUUCGAAUAGAGAAUUCGGCGUUGACGUUUCUAUGGCAGCCGACGUACCUUCCGUCCCGGGCAUCAACGCCAAGGCGUCGGUUGGCCUGGCCCUCAAGAGAUCACUCGGCACCUCUUGGCAGAUUGAACAGCUCGAGACUCUCACCGUUGAUCCUUCAAGGCCAUACAUCAAUCGAUGUUUAGCAGGCGAGCAAAUCGUCGAGUUUUUGGCGGACAACAACAAGUUCCGCCCCACGUGGAAAAUAUUCAUGGUCACUGGACUCAAGAUCGUCCGUGGCAACUCUACCCAGACGAUCUCUCGCGGAAGAGAGAGGGGCAUCAACGGAGGCCCAGGAGUUGGGGUUGCUGGCAUCGCAGAAGCCUCGGUUCAAGGCGGUUUCUCCUCAGGAACUUCUACCUCAACAUCUGCAAAGAACACCCACGACUUCGUCUGGGCAGUGAGGCUCUCAAAGAUCACCAAGGGUCUUUUUGACAAAAAGUGGUCGAAUAAGACCUUUUCAGAAGGCGCAACCUUCAACAUGGAGAAACGUGGUCGAAGCAUUGAGUCCAUUCUCUUGGAUGAGGGCUUGGAAGAUUGUGAGGUGUUCAUGAUGGAGAACGACGAUGACGAGGUCAGCCUGGGGAAUAUCGUGGUUCCACCAAGCGCCAUUGUCAAUUGA